AGGGAUUUUGUACUGAGACAAAGCCCAACGUGAUCCUUUAACUAGCCCCUACCGUUUUCACCUGAGAGAGGAGAACUGAGCCAUUGUGAAAGAGUCUUAUGCUGGUACUGCAAUGCUGAGUUCUAGCUCGACCACUGUGAAGAGUCUUCCUUUGAAGAAGAGGCUUUGUUUCCUGCUGAAACUUGUGUGCUUUGUCAGCUCAGUGUUAAUAUUUUGUGAAUUUUUAAUUUAUUAUGUGGUAAUUUUUCAAUGUCGAUGGCCAGAAGUGAAAGGUGGAGCUCACAUGGAUAAAAAAGAGACUUCAACUUCAGUCCUAAAGGCCGUAAUUUUAGCUGAUACUCACCUACUUGGUGAAAUCAAAGGACAUUGGCUGGAUAAGCUGAGAAGGGAAUGGCAAAUGGAGAGAUCUUUCCAAACCGCCUUAUGGUUACUGCAGCCAGAUAUUGUUUUUAUUCUGGGAGAUGUCUUUGAUGAAGGAAAAUGGAGCUCACCUCAGGCAUGGGCAGAUGAUGUCAGGAGAUUUCGGAAAAUGUUUAAGUAUCCAGUUUCUACUGAGCUAGUGGUUAUCGUUGGGAAUCAUGACAUUGGAUUUCAUUAUGAAAUGACUACUUACAAGGUAAAUCGAUUUGAAAAGGUUUUCAACUUUACUUCAGGAAAGCUAAUAACUCGAAAAGGAAUAAACUUUGUCAUAGUGAACAGCGUAGCCAUGGAGGGCGAUGGCUGUGCCGUCUGCCGUACCUCAGAGGCAAAGCUUGCGGCGCUUUCUCACAAACUGAAUUGCUCCCAGCAGAAACCGAAUCAUUCCAACAAAAGGUGCAGUGAUGUGGAAAAGCUUCCAGCUUCAGAACCCAUCCUUUUACAGCAUUACCCUCUCUAUCGGAAAAGUGAUGCUGAAUGCAGUGGAGAAGAUUCUGCUCCUCCAGAGGAGAAGAACAUCCCAUUUAAAGAAAAGUAUGACGUACUGUCUCAAGAAGCAUCACAAAAGCUGAUAUGGUGGUUUCAUCCCCGUUUGAUUCUCAGUGGGCAUACCCAUAGUGCUUGUGAAGUGCUGCACGCUGGGAAAAUUCCAGAAAUCAGCGUCCCGUCAUUCAGUUGGAGGAAUAGAAACAAUCCUAGUUUCAUCAUGGGCAGCAUAACACCAACUCGCUUCUCCCUCCAAAAAUGCUUCCUUCCGUAUGAGAGCAGAGUCUUUACUAUAUACUGUGCAGCAGGUGCUCUGCUUGUAAUCCUGAUACUAGCUCAUUUUCAGCUUCUCACGCCACCAUUUUAUUUUGCUCAGCGUUUAAUCAGUAAGCAUAAAGCAGUAUGAAGAGCCAGACAUCUGCAUUCAGUCACUGAAAUACCAAAGCUGAGAACAGUCAAACAUCAGACUAUAUUCAUGCCAGCAAAUGACCUAAUUUGAUUGCUAGUCUGAAGGCAGGUUGCAUUUACACAUACCAUAGAAGUCCUAUACAGCUGAUAUGACUACUACAGGAUAAAUAAUUAACUGAAAUGAACGUUUCAUGCUGUACAAAAAUACUGUAUUCUACAAUCAAAUGAGUCCUUUUCCUGCUAUAAUUUUUGUAUCAAAUAUGUAUAUUAAAAGUGUAACUGUACAUUAUGUAAA